AUGGCGCGGCGCUGGUACCGACUGGCCGGUCUCGCCGCUGCCCUGAUGGUGAGCUCAGCCGCCUUUGGAAAGGUGCCACUGGCAUCGACGGCACCCUUAGCAGGAGCAAGAGGUUUGGGUGUGCACAUCUACGACCACUGCCCGUAUUGCACUCGUGUGGAGCUCGUGUUGGGCUGGCAUGGUUGGCAACCCAAGCGUCUGGUGUACGGCUACGCUGACGUGGCUGGGCCGACAGCGCUGAUCGGCAAGAAGAUGCUGCCGGUGUUGACUUGGCAUGACUCAGAAGGGCAGGAGCAAAAGAUGUGCGAGUCGAAGGAUAUCAUCGAAGCAGUGGAGGUUACGGCAGAGUCUACAACAGGAGGUCGGCUGAUCAUGCGCCGGACUGGCCGGAAGGACCUCAAAGCCUGGCAAACAAGGUUGCGGCGAGUGAUGCAUGGACUGACGAGACCCCGACUCCUUCAGAUGCCUAUCAAGGACUUCGCUAGAGAGGAGGACAGGAAGUACCAGAUGGACAAGUACACGGCGAAAGGCUUCAGCUAUGAAAGAGCACUGGCCGAUACAGAGAAGCUGGUACCAAAAGUGAAUACACUCUUGCUCGAGUUUGAGGAGCUUCUACGAUCAGACAAAGCGCUGAAUGCUUUCGGCCAUUCCUGGGACGACCUCUACGUGCUCCCCUCCCUGCGCGUACUGACUUGCGUGAAAGCUCUUGCUUGGCCUGCGAAGGUCCGAGCUUAUGUGGAGAAGAACCAUGCCGACGCCGGCCUGGCAUGUUACUUCGAGCAUGCAUGCUGA